AUGCGAUGCGCGAACAAGGCCGCUGAGAGCGCGUCUGCACGUCUCUGUGCAGACGCCGAAGCAGAAACCGCUGCUACCGAUGUGUCAUCGGUUGCUAAAGCGUCUCAGCCUGAUUCAUCUGAGUAUGAGCUCGGUGUCUCAUACUCCCCUGAUACAGAAGAGGGGUCUGUAUCGACGGCGAUUGAAUCUAAGCCGCCAGCCAAGCGUGGCAUGGACGAUGCUUUGCGUCGCAGCAUCUUUGGUUCAUCUGAUGAAUCAGAUGAACCAUCGCCGAAGCAAAGGCGCUCGAGGUCGCGAGACUCGGGCGCUAAUAGUGGUGUCGGUUUUCCUAUGGACACCACUUCACAGCGAGGUGCCAGUACUUCUGUCGGCACGUCACAGGAAGAUCGGGACUGGAACGUGUUGCGUCUCGCUCCUGAGAAGAAGGCAUGGAUGCCUCAAAAAUCAGUCAUGGAUCGCUUGUCGGCGACGACGAGUGUUCGUUAUCGAACACGGUUGUUUGAUUCGUCAAGGAUCCAUCACCUUGACCCCAGCGCGAAAAACUAUCGCGCUGAACAUGAAUUCUUCAUCGAUGCUUUCUUUAAGCAUCGAUGGUACAGUGGGAAUCACAAGCGUGAUGGUCCCUCACUACUUUAA